CUCCGUCUGCUCGGCGGGCGGUGUCCGGACGCAGGUGCCGGCAGGAGCGGAGCUAGCGGCGCUGACUGGACCGGCCGGGCCGGGACCGGGGCCGGGGCGAACGGAGGGGCCAGAGCGGCCUCCCGGCCCGGCCGCGGAUCAGGGAGGCUCAGAAGGGCAUGUUGGCCUAGGAACACUUCUGGCCGAGCUGUUCAGAGGCCAUCGAUCCAUUGGCAGACUGUCCUGGUGCAAAAGGCUCCUGGGACCAUGGGCCUCGGGCCCUGAAGACCAGGUGCUCCCUGUGGCCAUGACGACGGGUGACUGCUGCCACCUCCCUGGCUCCCUGUGCGACUGCUCUGGCAGCCCUGCCUUCUCCAAGGUUGUGGAGGCUACAGGCCUCAGGCCACCCCAAUAUGUGGCACAGGUGACUUCAAGGGACGGCCGGCUCCUCUCAACCGUCAUCCGGGCCUUGGACACGCCAAGUGAUGGUCCCUUCUGCCGGAUCUGCCAUGAGGGAGCGAAUGGGGAGAGCUUGCUAUCUCCAUGCGGCUGCACCGGCACACUGGGUGCCGUGCACAAGAGCUGUCUGGAGAGGUGGCUUUCCUCGUCCAACACCAGCUACUGCGAGCUGUGCCACACGGAGUUUGCAGUGGAGAAGCGGCCCCGGCCCCUCACAGAGUGGCUGAAGGACCCGGGGCCCAGGACAGAGAAGCGGACGCUGUGCUGUGACAUGGUGUGUUUCCUGUUCAUCACGCCAUUGGCUGCCAUCUCAGGCUGGCUGUGCCUGCGUGGGGCCCAGGACCACCUGCGGCUCCACAGCCGGCUGGAGGCUGUGGGACUCAUCGCUCUCACUAUUGCCCUCUUCACCAUCUACGUCCUUUGGACACUGGUCUCCUUCCGCUACCAUUGCCAGCUGUAUACUGAGUGGAGGAGGACCAACCAGAAAGUGCGCCUGAAGAUCCGGGACACGGAUGGCCCUGAGGCUACCCAGCACUCCCCACUGGCCGCUGGACUCCUGAAGAAGGUGGCAGAGGAGACACCUGUGUGAAGGCCCGGCUGGCGAUGCCCUGGUGUUCAGAAGGACGGGAACUGCCCGACCCUUCCUGCACGGCCAGAACGCUUCUUAGGCCAAGAGAUGCCAAGUGGAGCUGAUUCUGUGAUGCUGUGUGAAGGUGUUUUCAGAUUAUUUUGCACACUAUUAUACAUGAGGAGGACAGAUGGAUGUGGUCCUGAGCUUCAGACGGAGCAGGCACUCUGAUCUCAUUCUGAGGUCCACUCGGCCCCUUGUGGGCCCGCAGCCGUAGCCAUAGGCUAGUCGAGGGCGCCCAUGGGGCGGGGGUCCCGCAAGCUUCUUGCGCUUCUCUGCACCUGGCAGGCUCGCAUUCCUGGCACCCUCGACUUUAUAAAGUUGCACCGCGUUUCACAAACCCACCCUGAAUGAAUAAAAGGAGCUCUUGCUGGAUAAAAUGGACUUGUCAAUUACA